AUGGUUUCUCAAGACCAAAGUAAGUACUCUGGCUCCAAAAAAAAUGGAGGUAAGGAGCUUGGAAUGGUAACUCCUCAAGACAAGCCCUUGAAGAAGAUGAAGUUUGUUUCAUCUGCUGAGACAGAACCAAGCAGCACGACAACAAUUUCUGAGGAUUCAAAGUCAGGUCGAGGUAUGAGCACAAUGCCUCGUGUUGUGAAGAGAAAAUUGCAGAAAAUCAAGCCAGUUGUUGAAGUCCCACUUGUGGACAAGAAAUGGGCUGAAAUCCCCAAGGAUAUAAAGGAGCAGAUUUGGGAAGCCGUUGACAUGGCUUUUGUGGUAGGUCAAGGGGGCAAGACCUCGGUGUUAUCUUCUGCUGCCAAGAAAUGGAAGGAUUUCAAGUCUACACUGACGAGGCAUUAUAUCCUUCCAUACAUCAAGGAGAGGGAGAAAUUAAGCCAACCCCCUGAAGUAUAUAAAUUCAUAGAGAAAGCAGAAUGGGAUGCCUUUGUAGCUUCAAGGUUAUCCAAAGAAUUUGAGUCUGUGCAUUCUCAACAUUCACAGAUUAGGGAGAAACUUGAGUACAAUCAUCGAUUGUCUCGAAAAGGAUAUGCUGGUUUGGAGGAUCAAUUGGAGGAAACCAUGCCUGGGGUAGAAAUUGAUCGAUCUACCUUAUGGAAGAAAGCUAGACAGGACAAACAUGGUAACAUCCCAGAUCCAAAGGUGGCAGAGAAAGCAAAAUUAAUUGAUGAAUUGCAAAAACAAGUGGCUGAAGGCAGUCUGAGUUUAACUGGCAGUAAUGAUGUGUUGACCUUGGCUUUGGGUCCCGAGCAUCCAGGGAGAGUAAGAGGGGUAGGUGCUGGGAUUUCCCCUAGGCAAUUCUUCAAUUUACCUAGACCACAGAGGGUAAAGUUUGCUGAUCAAUUGAAGGAAAGUGUAAGAAUUGUCCUUCAAGAAGAGACUAAGAAGAUGGAAGCUAGAACCAAACAAUUAGUAGAGGCUGAGAGGGAACAUUUACUAAGUCAGCUUUCCCACCUCAUCCCCAAUUUUGAUCCAAGCAUGCUUAAACCGAAAACUAGCCCCUGUCAAAACCAAGGUCUACAGCAAAGUCCCAAAAAUCCAAUGUCUGAUAAAGCAAGUUGUUCUGGGGCUGAAGGGAGAUCCCUACAUUUAGAGGAUGAUACUGCCAGAAAUGGGGAACAGCAGGAAGAAACGAAAAAAGAUGAAGGCAAAAAGGAAGACACAAAUGAUGAAGAGAAGAAAGAAGAAAAACAAGAUGAAGAAAAGCAUGACGAGGAGGGUAAUGAAGUAGUUGAUUAUUCAAAUGUGGAGGUGCCAUCUUCCUUACAAUCCCUUUGUGGUUAUGUGGAAACUACACUAAAGCCACAGGGGAAGAUCAUGACCUUCAACAUUGAGAAGGAGGUGUUUGGUGCAGAUCGAAGUACCUUCGUCUUGCAUGAAGAUAUUACACAGUUUGCAGGCAUGGAAGAAAUUGGGGCUACUGUGGUUGCAGUAUAUAUGAGGUGCUUAUAUGAUCUUUUGAGAGAAGCAAAUAUGUGCAGCAUGGUUGGCUUUAUCGACCCUGCUCAAGUUAGUGCCAACGCUGGGUCACUAACUGACAGAUCACGAAUUGUAGCCAGUCGACUUCAGAAAACAGAUGGUGAACAGAUUUUCAUGAUGCCUUACAAUCCAGGCCGUCAUUGGGUCUUGCUGAUUGUGAGGGCAAAGAGGGAAACCGUCUAUUUUCUGGAUCCUCUGCCUGGAAAUCGUGUGGUUGAUGAGGAGGGCAAAAACAUCGUGAACAGUGCUUUAAAAAUUUAUAAUUCCCACAUAGGCAGACCAGGCCGUAAAGCACCAAUUUGGAAAACUCUGCCAGGCACACCAAAGCAACCCAGCAGUGUCGAAUGCGGGUAUUAUGUGAUGCGCUUCAUGAGGGACAUCAUCAUGGAUCCUUCCUUGGAGUUUGAGAAGAAGUUUGCCAAGGGAAAAGAUCAAGCGCCAUACCCCCAAGCAGCCAUUGAUGAAGUCAGGAAAGAAUGGGCAGAGUUUGUUUGCCUUCAUAUGGAUUAG